AUGGCCCAAAGGCCCAACGGAAUGAUCCAUGAGUCCGUUUUUGUGAUACAGCGCCUUCAUCUUACUUCAACGCGACUCAUCUCUCCGUCGCGGAUCCACUCUUUCGAUUCCAGCCAUCGUCAUCAUCUCCUCCGGCGAAACAGCGCCGCAGAUCCAGGCUUCAAUGCCUCCACCUUCAUCACUCGCGCCAUGAGCAUCAACGAUUCUUUCUUCUCCGCGUGUUUUCCGCUCACAACAACGUCUCACCAUCUCGCGUCGUUCCUCACCACCGAUUCUUUUUCAUUUCGCUUCAAACGCGAUUCAUCAUUCACGGCUACAUCUCAUCUCAACCAGUUCGCGAAUUCGACCUUCGCUCCAUCAGCUCUUCGAUUCCGUUCCGAGUUAUAUUUCAGCGUGGAGGCCAAGAAGUUUCAGAGAAUUUUAGAGAGAACUUUGAAGCUUCUCUGA